AUGAAUUCAAUUUUGAAAAAAAGAAGUGAAGUUCGUUUCUAUCCUUAUUCGUGUUUUUCGAAUGGACCAGUGAUAAAGAAAAAAGAAAAUCCGUUUUUAUUAUUUAGGAAAUCGUUGGGAAAACACGCAGAGGAAAAAAUCCAAAUGAGAAAACUCAGUGGGACUGCUUCGAAAAUUUGGAAAAAAUUGCCGGAGAAAAUACAUGAUUAUUAUAGAAAACAAUAUGAAAUCAAUAGAGAUUUUCAAUCAAAUGUAUCAUCUGGUUUGAUUACGGACUAUCCUACAUCGGAUGAUAUUACAGCAAUUGUUUCAAAUGAAAAUGAUGUUAGCAAUGAUUUGGAUUUUACCAUUUUCCCUUGCGAAAAUCGAAAAAAUUGUCCUAUUUGUUUAAAGUACUUUCCUGCAGAGCAGAUGAUAUACCAACAAUUCGCUAUUCCAGAAAAUUUAUCUGAAAUAAAUCCGGUACCUUCUUAUACUACGGAUAAUAAUUAUUAUAUGAGCUUUUCUGAAGAUAAUGUGAUAAAUCAACAACAAUUUUUACAUUACUUUGAUUGUUCUGGAGAAAAUUGCAUUAAUUGUUUAGCGAGAAAUCUUUAUCAACAACAAUUUCCAUCACCUAAUUAUGAAAUUAUUCCUUUAGAAAAUACGGAAAAUCUUGAUAGCGACCUUUCUAACUACAUAGAUUUUUCUUUUUGUGAUACAAGUAAUUAA